AUGGGCGCAUUCGAACAGCUAGUACAAAGCGACAAGCAGUUGCAGUUCGCCAGGAGGGCGGUCGCCAAGUACCAGAGGCAGCUCGACCACGGGCCAGACGACUCAGAGGCCCCCCUCGACUCCGAGGGGCUGGGCGCCGCCGCUGCCCAGCUCAACAAGCGACACAUCAUGAACGUCGACGACAUCUCCAAGAUCAACUACGAGGUGGUCAAGAGCGUCCCCGGGAACCUGCUCACGCCGCUGUAUGCGGGGACCCACAAGCUCGAGGGCCGCCAGCUCGACGACGAGCGCCUCGAGAACGAGGUCGUCCAGGCGAAGACAAAACUAUACAAGAACCACCUCUACACGAUGAACGACGAGUUUCUGGCGGCCCUCAGGGCCCCUGCCGCAUCCACGAAGGCCAAGAGGGCCAGGGAGGUUGCUGACGAGGAGUCCGACGAGGACCUGGCCGACGUGCCACUGCAGGUCCAGAUCCAAUGGCUGCAAGAAAUACAGCACGAUCUCAUGGGCACCUACAAAGACCUGGUCAACAAGGAAAAGAAGUGGUUCACUCUGAAGGAGGUGAUCCUCGACGCAAACGCCGAAUUGGAUCUGUUUAGCACCAAGGAUGUCGAACGAGCACCGCCAAACGUCAACCUGGGAGACCCAAACGCCCCAACUAACCCAUACUCCACUGUCAACACAAUGCUCUUCCACUCCAAGAAGAAAAGAAACAAAAAGAUACUCCCAUAG